UGCUGUUAUGUCACGACUGUCAAACUUGUCAACACAUGAAAUUUCAGACAAAAAACAAAAAUAAAAAAAUAAGGACAAUUUUUUAAGAACAGUGGCGGCAUAACAUCGCACUUAGUUUCUUCACCAUGAUUUUAAGCAAAUUAAGACCAUUACUAACGAAAAACACCACAGCUUUAGGAUUAUGGAGACCCAUGUCGGAACACCGUGUCUUCCCUAUGGAACCCUCCAGGUGGCAAUGGAACAAAUUCAAGGACCUGUUUCACUUUUAUGCAUUGGUUGGUAUAAUUCCGUUGAGUCUUCUAACUCUAUAUGCAAACGUGUUCAUCGGGCCUGCGACUCUUCAAGAAAUACCAGAAGGUUACACACCGAAGUAUUGGGAGUACUAUAAGAGCCCCAUCACUCGUUUCAUCGCUAGAUACAUGCUCGCAGAUCCCCAGCAAGACUACGAGAAAUACCUAGCGUACAUUUUCAUGGAAAACGAGAAAAAGCAACUGAGACAAUUGGAGAAAAAAAUCAAAGAUAAAAUGGCGGAGAGACUUGACUAUCAAGCCUACUAUUACAGGCCAGUGAUGGCGAAAUACCACAGAAUUUCCCGUGAAGCCUUUGACUAUCUAGAAUCCAUUCGCGGUGACUAAUUUCAUGUACAUAAUCUAGUAUAAUAAAGGUAGUUUACGGUU